CUCAAAUCUCAACUCUUGUUCAUUAGCAUCAUCUAAUCACAUCCCAAACAUUUCGAUUCACAGUCCCCUCGGCCGGCGAUGUCAAUCCAGUACCUGGGAUUUCUUCUGCUACUCCUGCAGGGCGUUUUGGCCUGCGAUCACGGCCCAUUAGCAGCCGGCCGCCGCUCCCUGAAGCAGGCGGCGCCGAAUGUGCCCCCGGCGGAAAGGCGGGAGGUGUACUCCAAUGGCCGGCUGUUCGACAUUACCCACCGGGUCAGCCCGACCCUGCCCACAUGGGAUUCGGCCCAAGGGCUGGGCCCGUUCCUGACGCUGGUGGCCAGCAUCAAGAACGGAUCCAAUGUCAACGUGGCCCAAAUCAAGCUCGUGGGUCACACCGGCACCCAUAUCGAUGCCCCAGGUCAUUUUUACCAGGAGUACUAUGAUGCUGGCUACGAUAUCGACUCCCUCGAUUUGGAUGUUCUCAACGGUCCUGCGUUGUUGGUGGAUGUUCCCAGGACCAGCAACAUAACUGCUGAAGUUAUGAAGUCGUUGCAAAUUCCAAAAGGAACGAGAAGGGUGCUAUUUAGAACUCUAAAUACCGAUAGGCAUCUUAUGUUUCAAAAGGAGUUCGACACAAGCUUCGUUGCGUUCAAAGCAGAUGGAGCAAAAUGGCUCGUGGAGAACACAGAUAUCAAGUUUGUUGGUCUUGAUUACUUAUCUGUUGCCACAUACGACGACGGCGGUUCAUCUCACCUUACUUUCCUUAAAAAUAGGGACAUAAUUCUGGUGGAAGGAUUAAAAUUGGACAACAUUGAGGCUGGGCUUUAUGAUGUUCAUUGCUUGCCCAUGAGGUUGCUGGGUGCCGAUGGAUCGCCAGCUAGAUGUAUUCUCCUCAAAUGAUACUCCUAAUUAAACACCUAAUUAAUUUAAGAUUGUCAA